AUGCCCAGCACAAUUCCAUUUGCGGAAUUCCUGUUUCGGCGCCUGGUCCAGCUGAAUUGCAGAUCAGUCCAUGGAGUUCCGGGAGACUUCGUGCUCCGCGCUCUUGGCGGCCUGAGCUCGAACACACGAAUACAGCCAGGGGUGCCGCGAUGGAUAGGAAAUGGGAACGAGUUCUGCGCCGGCUAUGCAGCAGACGGCUACGCACGAGCGGCAGCUUUGGCCAGACGUAACCUCAUUGCUGGGCCUAGGGUUGGAGCAUUCUUCACCACAUACGACGUGGGCGAACUGUCGGCCAUUAAUGCUGUCGCGGGAAGCUAUGCAGAGAGCGUUGCGUUCCUGUUAUCCACGUGGUAG